AUGGCGUCUGCGUGGAGACGCGGGGCAGGACCAGGGAACUUCCGAGUUCCCGGAGCGGAGCCAGCGGGAGCCGGGGAGGGGGCGGAAGAGAGCGCGGGCGCGCGUCGGCCGCGCACACCCGGGGCUCGGCGCCGAGCGCGGGUGCGGGCGGACACGGGCCGGCGGGGGAGGCGCCGCGAGGCGCGGUCCAGGAAGGGCGGGAGGGCGGGGCGCUCCGCUUCCCUCGUCCGCGUUCACGCACGGCGCCUCACCUCGGCGUCGCCUCGCGGCUUUCGGGGGUCCCGGGACCCCCCGACCUCCCGUCCCCGGUGGAGAGGCACUCCAGGAGCCGCUCACUCACUUAUUCAAGGCCGCCGCCACCACCUCGGCGUCGGGCUCGCCCUGCCGGCCCCCGCCCCGCCUCCAAGAACACGCUCCUUCCAGCCUCUGGCCAAUCGCUGGGCGGCCUCCGAGGAGGUUCCCACCCCUCAGACUUGCGGCAUCCAAUCCGGGCCCACCGGUCGAGGAAGCCACGCCUCCGCCCGCGCGCGCGCGCCGCUGUCCAGCUCGCCGGCGGGAGCCGCCCAGAGGGCGCCCGGCUCUUCCCAGGGGUGUGCUCCCGGCCCGGCGCCGUCUUCUGACGCAUGCGCGCUGGCGGCCCCGAGCGCGCGUGAACGGAAGGCAACGCCCCCGUACGUGCGCGCGCGCGCGGGCGUAACCCCAGCUAUCGGCUCGGUCUCCUCCAGCCAGUGGCCCUUCCUCCCUUGUCAGUCCCCAUCGCCCGGGGGAUUGUGCCCCACCAUCUUCUGGAUCAGUCGGGGAGCCGGGCUGUGAGAAUGCAUGAUCCCGAGUAGAGGGUGAUCCGUCACGUCCAACCACAGAGAUCCAGGUCCUCCAGGAUUCUAGAGCGUCCGGCCUGAAGCUGCCACUGACUUCCGGUGGCUGGUCCUCUCCGCGCAGCUUCCGGCGUCCCUGGGCCUCGGCUGGCGGUUUCCCGUGUCCGGCGCGUUGUCUCCGUGCGGCGGCUGUGUCCCACAGCGUCCGCUGGGUGGGUCGCGGCGGGGCUGAGGGGCAGCGGGUGGGUCGUCCGGCCUCGGCCUCUCGGGCCAGCAGAGCCCGCGCUGGAGACCAGGUGCCCUCGCCCCCUCCAGAGCCCCGUAGUUCGUUCAUUCGUCCAGCACGUGCUUAGCGACCACCGUUCCCGCUCGGCCGGGUGUCCAGGUGGUGGAGGCGACGUGGUGGGCGGUGGGAGCAGGGGGAAGGUGUUAAGCAGGGGCUCGAGGUGGGGCUGGAAGGAGGAAGGUUCUGGAGUGCGGACUCCAAAGGUGGCUUUCUCCACCAACUGCGAAGAGCGGGAAGGGCCGAGCUCGAGCCGGGGAAACAGGGAGGCGGAGGCUGGGAGGCCGAGGAGCGGAGGAGCCAGUGUAUUGAAUUAAACGAAAGAAUUUACCAGCUCCUCAGAAGCCCUUCUCUUUUCUAGUGGUGACAGUUUCUUUUUGUUAACUCUUUUCCAUACUUUUGCACUGAAUUUUAAAAAGUUUGUUAGAAUCUAAACAUUAAGGUAGAAAAGUAGAUAGUACUGCAUUUUUAAAAACUCAACAAAGAAAAAUGUAUUUAAGAGUAUUAGGUCAGCCCCAGGAUAAAUAAAUAUCUAGUAUUUAGACAAAGAUCAUAUGGGCCUCCUGAGUUUAAAACUAUAAAUUUGUUUCUGAUUUUCCUGACAGUUUAGUAAAAAGCCGAAUUAUCUGUCACACGAUUUGCAUUGAACAUUAAUAAAGAAAUCAUAUUCAUGGGAAGCGGACAUUUUUUGUCACUGAGGUCUGAAAGAAUUUCUCCGAUGACCUUUCUUUAGGUGAUACAGUGGACAUUCUUCCCUAGCUCUGAGGCACGUGCAGUGUAAGGCCUGCGGGGCCCCUCAGUGGAGGUAGAGGUUGUACAAAAGCAGGACACAAACACGUCUCCAGGGGGCCGGGUGGACAGCUGUGUGAUGAUGCUGUCUAACCCAGGAAUAAAACCUGAAGUAUCAGAAGAGACUCAUAAACUAUGUAUCUUCUUAAGUACCUCUCUGUGACUGUUUCAGCAAGGCUGGGUGUACAAGUUACAGACUAUUCCACAAUCUCUGCUAGAGACUCCCUGCUUCUCAUUUACCUUUCAAUCCCCUAUAAGCUGCUUUGCCUUUCCCCUCACUCGGCCCUGAAUCUGUCCUGGAAAAGUUAUCAGUCAUCAAACUAUAGUGAAAGCCAAUGGACAUUCUUCAGUCCUUGCCUUACUGAGCUCUGCUGCAUGUGACACGACUGACUUCUUUAAAAAGGAAUGUUUCACGUCGUUCAAAACAAUGUAAAAAGGUUUAAGUGAAAAAUCUUGGUCCUACUU